CGGGCCGGCCGCGGCACCGCCCGUGCAGCCGAGGCUCCCGCCCGGUCCUCCGGGCCGCGGGGAGGGGCUGUUCCCGCGGCGCUCCGGGGCGGGAGCACGUGCGUCCCGGUGCCGACCGAGGGUCCCCGCUCCAUGUUGGCGGAGCAGGGCUGGAACGAUGCAGCGGAGCCGCUGCCCCGCGGCGCCCCGGAGGGCCCGGGCCGACCGCACCCACGAAAGAGGCGGCUGCCCGGGACCGCUCGGGACGGCGAGGCGGCGCGGAAGCGGCCCCGGAAGCGGAAGAAGGCCGGCGGGCCGCGGGCCGCGGCGGGGGAGCUCCCGGCCGGUCCCGACGAGCCCCGGCAGGCUGGGCAGCGGCCGGACACAGACGGCCCGGCUGAGCCGGCGGAGCAGUCCGGGAAGCCGGCGGGACUGAGCCGUCGGCAGCGGCGGAACCGGCAGAAGCGGCAGCGGCAGCAGGAGCGGCCGGCGGGGUCGGACGGGGAGCGGGGCUCUGGGCCGGGCCCCCCGGAGCCGCCGGGCCCCCCGGAGCCGCCGGGCCCCCCGGAGGCUGCCCCGGAGCCCCGCUCGGGCCGCUCGGCCGCGCUCCGCGCGCGGAUGGAGGAGCGGCUGCUCGGCGCCCGGUUCCGCUAUCUGAACCAGCAGCUCUACACCGGCACCAGCCGCGACGCCGCGCGGCUCUUCCGCGCCGACCCUGCCGCUUUCCACCUCUACCACCGGGGCUUCGAGCGGCAGGUGCGGCGCUGGCCCGAGCGCCCGGUGCAGCGCAUCGUGCGCUACCUGCGCCGCCGCCCCGCGUCGCUCGUGGUGGCGGAUUUUGGCUGCGGGGACUGCACGCUGGCCGCCGGCGUCAAGAACCAGGUGCACUGCUUCGACCUGGUGCCGCUGAGCCCGCGGGUCACCGUCUGCGACAUGGCCAAGGAGCUGAAGGGCUUCACUUGCUUGGAUGACCUGCUGCAUGUCAAGGGCAUUACCACACGCAUCCUGGAGCUCAACAGCCAGCGCAUGACGUGCCGGCGGUGCCCCGGCCCCGAGGGGCCCCCGCGAGCCAGCCCCACUCCCCUGGGGGACAGUGAGGACCACAGGGCACCUGCGGCACAGGUGGUGGCUGAAGAGGAGGAAGAAGAGGAGGAGGAGGAGACACCAGGGCCCUGGGAGCCCGAGCGCCCCUGGAAGGGUACCCCCAGGUCUGGAGCAGACCCUGAUGGUUCUGGGGGGCGGGGACCACAGGAGCCCCCCAGGUCCACCAGGGAGGAGGAGGAGGACGAUGAAGAGGAGGAGGAGGAAGGGAGCUGCUGCAGCGAGGAGGGGGAAGACAGCAGCAACGUAUACCUGUACUACACGCUGGGAGAGCGGUGGAUCGACUACCUGCAGCGCACUGGGGACGGGGGGCUGCUGCGGCACCUGCGCCCCAAGAUGAAGCGGAAGUCAGAGAAUGGGCCAGAUGGCCGGGCCUUGUCCCCCGGGAAGAAGCUGUGCAAGGGCUCUGACUAUGGCAGGACACUGGGUCCCUGUACACCCAGCCCCACGACCACCUUUGGGGACCUGCGCAAUGCCAAGGUGGGGCAGGCCCGGCGCCGGUGCAUCCCCUCGGUGGCCCCCCCACCUGAGCUACAGGACUGGCUCCGCACUUUCCAGCGCUGGAGCGGCCCCGAGAAGCUGCUGGCCCUGGAUGAGCUCAUUGACCGCUGCGAGCCGGCGCAGAUCAAGUACAUGAUGCAGGUCAUCGAGCCCCAGUUCCAGCGGGACUUCAUCUCCCUGCUGCCCAAGGAGCUGGCUCUGUACGUCUUGUCCUUCCUGGAGCCACGGGACCUGCUCCGUGCCGCCCAGACGUGCCGCUACUGGAGGGUCCUGGCCGAGGACAACCUGCUCUGGAGGGAGAAGUGCCGUGAGGAAGGGAUCGAGGAGCCCCUACACCUGCGGAAGCGACGCCUGCUCAGCCCUGGGUUCAUGUACAGCCCCUGGAAAUUCGCCUUCCUGCGGCAGCACCGCAUCGACAUGAACUGGCGCAGCGGGGAGCUGCGGCCCCCCAAGGUACUGAAGGGCCACGAUGACCAUGUGAUCACCUGCCUGCAGUUCUGUGGGAAUCGCAUAGUAAGCGGCUCUGAUGACAACACGCUUAAAGUGUGGUCAGCUGUCACAGGGGAGUGUGUGCAGACGCUGGUGGGCCACACUGGGGGGGUUUGGUCCUCCCAGAUGAGGGACAGCAUUGUCAUCAGCGGCUCCACUGACCGCACACUCAAGGUGUGGAACGCCGACAGCGGCGAGUGCGUGCACACGCUGUACGGACACACGUCCACCGUGCGCUGCAUGCACCUGCACGGCAACAGGGUGGUGAGUGGCUCCCGGGAUGCCACGCUGCGGCUCUGGGACAUCGAGACGGGGCAGUGCCUGCACGUGCUGAUGGGCCACGUGGCAGCCGUGCGCUGCGUCCAGUAUGACGGCAACAAGGUGGUCAGCGGAGCCUACGACUACACGGUCAAGGUGUGGGACCCCGAGAGCGAGAGCUGCACCCACACGCUGCAGGGGCACACCAACCGGGUCUACUCACUGCAGUUUGAUGGGACACACAUCGUGAGCGGGUCUCUGGACACCUCAAUCCGCGUGUGGGAUGUGGAGAGUGGGAACUGCCUGCACACGCUCAUGGGGCACCAGUCACUCACCAGCGGCAUGGAGCUGCGUGACAACAUCCUCGUGUCCGGCAACGCCGACUCCACUGUCAAGAUCUGGGACAUCAAGACGGGGCAGUGCCUGCAGACGCUGCAGGGUCCCAGCAAGCACCAGAGUGCAGUCACCUGCCUGCAGUUCAGCUCCAAGUUCGUGGUGACCAGCUCCGAUGACGGGACAGUGAAGCUGUGGGACCUGAAGACGGGGGAGUUUGUGCGAAACCUGGUGGCCCUGGAGAGCGGGGGCUCCGGGGGGGUCGUGUGGCGCAUCCGUGCCUCCAACACCAAGCUGGUGUGCGCCGUGGGCAGCCGCAACGGCACCGAGGAGACCAAGCUGCUGGUGCUGGACUUUGACGUGGACCUCAAGUGACCCCGGCCAGCCCGGGGGUCCCGCGGGAGGGGUGGCCCCGGCGCAGGCGCUGGCCCCCGCGGGCAGGACAGAGGGGAGGCCGGCCCGGGCCUUAUUUAUAUGCGCGGGAGUGCCCGGCCGGGCCUGCAGGAGCAUGUUUUGUACACGGAAUAUAUUGAUUUAUUUCUG